AUCAGCUCCUUUGUUUUUCUCUAGAAAAACUUUAUCAUGAUUGAGUAGUGAGACAAUCUAAACUGAUCCAAAGUGAUUCUCUUUUCAGCUAUUGUGGCUUGGUGAUGACCUUUUGAACUCUUUAUGAUUUUCUAGCUUACAAGUGGGAUUUGGAUUUUUCACCUGCUGUGCUUCUUUUCAGGCUCUGUACCAGAACUAUUUUCUUGCAACUUUGUGACAAGAAAUGGGAAGUUGCAAUGAGGGAAAAAUAAGGUUCUGCAUUGACAGAGGUGGCACCUUCACUGAUAUUUAUGCUGAAAUUCCUGGACAAGCCAAUGGCAAAGUGCUAAAGCUUCUCUCAGUUGAUCCAGCCAACUAUGAUGAUGCUCCGGUUGAAGGAAUUAGGAGGAUCCUUGAAGAAUACACCGGGGAAAGAAUUCCUCGAAACUUGAAAAUUCCUACUGAUAAGAUAGAGUGGAUUCGGAUGGGGACAACUGUGGCAACAAAUGCACUUUUAGAGAGAAAAGGAGAAAGAAUUGCUGUGUGUGUGACUCGUGGCUUUCGCGACCUUCUUUACAUUGGCAAGCAGGCUCGUCCUAACAUAUUCGACCUUACUGUCAAAAAACCAUCAAAUCUUUAUGAGGAGGUGGUAGAGAUAGAUGAAAGAAUUGAGCUGAUCCAUGAGAAGGAGGAAGAAUACACAAAGCAAUCUUAUUCUGCAAAUUUAAUUAAGGGAAUUUCAGGUGAUCUUGUUAGAGUUGUGAAUCAGCCUAAGGAAGAAGAACUGAAACCUUUGUUGAAAGGCUUGUUGGAGAAAGGGAUAAACAGUUUGGCUGUUGUGUUUAUGCAUUCCUACACUUAUCCUCAACAUGAAGUGAUUGUUGGUAAGCUGGCUGAGAGCCUCGGAUUCAGACAUGUUUCUUUGUCAUCAGCUUUGAGUCCGAUGGUUCGAGCAGUUCCUAGAGGCCUAACAGCUACUGUGGAUGCUUAUUUGAGUCCAGUCAUUAAAGAGUACUUGUCAGGGUUCAUCUUAAAAUUUGAUGAGACUCAUGGGAAGGUGAAUGUUCUGUUUAUGCAAUCAGAUGGAGGCCUAGCACCAGAAAAUCGAUUCUCUGGUCACAAAGCAGUUCUAUCUGGCCCUGCUGGUGGCGUUGUUGGUUACUCCCAAACACUUUUUGGGAUUGAAACAAGCAAGCCCUUGAUUGGAUUUGAUAUGGGAGGCACUUCUACUGAUGUGAGCCGUUACGCUGGACAAUAUGAACAGGUUCUUGAAACUCAGAUUGCUGGAGUUAUAAUACAAGCACCUCAACUUGACAUAAACACUGUUGCUGCUGGUGGUGGAUCUAAGUUGAAGUUUCAGUUUGGUACUUUUCGCGUAGGGCCAGAAUCCGUUGGUGCUCAACCUGGUCCUGUUUGCUAUAGGAAGGGUGGAGAAUUGGCAGUUACAGAUGCCAAUUUGAUCUUAGGAUAUAUUAUCCCUGAUCAUUUUCCUUGCAUUUUUGGUCCAAAAGAGGAUCAGCCUCUAGACAUCAAUGCAACUAGAGAGGAAUUUCGGAAGCUUGCGAACCAAGUAAAUUCCUACAGAAGAAACCAGGAUCCAGCUGCAACAGACAUGACUAUUGAAGAGAUUGCACAAGGAUUUGUGGACGUUGCGAACGAAACAAUGUGUCGUCCAAUACGGCAAUUGACUGAGAUGAAAGGCCAUGAGACAAGGAACCAUGCUCUUGCUUGCUUCGGUGGUGCUGGACCCCAGCAUGCUUGUGCCAUUGCCAGGGCACUGGGCAUGAAUGAGAUACUUAUUCACAAGUUUUGUGGGAUCUUAAGUGCAUAUGGAAUGGGACUAGCUGAUGUUGUUGAAGAGGUACAAGAGCCAUAUUCUGCUGUAUAUGGUUCUGAUUCUCUCCUUGAAGUGUCCCAAAGAGAAUCCUUGCUGAUAAAAGAGGUCAAGCAGAAGUUGAAAGAACAAGGAUUCAAGGAGGAUAACAUAGUGACACAAACAUAUUUGAAUUUGAGGUACGAAGGGACAGACACCUCAAUCAUGGUUAAACAAGAAUUUGAAGGUGGAAAUGCAAGUGACUAUGCUGCAGAAUUUUCGACGCAGUUCAGGCACGAGUAUGGAUUUGAUCUACAGAACAGGAAUAUCCUCAUCUCUGAUGUUAGAGUCCGCGGGAUAGGAGUUACCAACAUAUUGAAGCCACAGCCUCAGGCACCUGCUUCUGGAAAUCCUGAAAUUGAAGGUAAUUACCCGGUUUACUUUGGAAGCUGGCAUGAUUCACCUCUCUACAAACUUGAAAAUCUUGGCUAUGGACAUGUUAUUCAAGGACCUGCAAUCAUCAUGAAUGGAAAUAGUACAGUCAUAGUAGAACCAAACUGCAGAGCUACAAUUACCAAAUAUGGUAACAUCAAAAUUGAAAUUGAAGCCCCUCUAAGCACUGCGAAAGUGGCAGAGAAAGCUGCAGAUGUAGUUCAACUCUCAAUUUUCAAUCAUAGAUUCAUGGGAAUAGCUGAGCAGAUGGGAAGAACACUGCAAAGAACUUCCAUAUCAACAAAUAUAAAGGAAAGAUUGGAUUUCUCUUGUGCCCUUUUUGGACCUGAUGGAGGACUAGUUGCCAAUGCUCCUCAUAUACCUGCACAUCUCGGAGCUAUGUCCACAACAGUUAGUUGGCAUCUAGAAUACUGGGGCGAAAAUUUGAAUGAAGGAGACGUGUUGCUGACCAACCAUCCCUGUGCUGGAGGUAGCCAUCUCCCUGACAUGACUGUGAUCACACCUAUUUUCCACAAUGGGAAGCUUGUGUUCUUUGUGGCGAACAGAGGGCAUCAUGCAGAAAUUGGGGGCAUCACUCCUGGCAGCAUGCCUCCUUUGUCAAAGUUUAUAUGGGAAGAAGGUGCUACAAUCUUAGCAUUCAAGCUUGUGGAAAAAGGAGUUUUCCAAGAAGAAGGAAUUGUUAAGCUACUCCAGUUCCCAUCGGCUGAUGAAGCGCCAUAUAAGAUCCCUGGAACUCGCAGGAUUCAAGACAACUUGUCCGAUCUAAGAGCGCAGAUAGCUGCAAACCAAAGAGGAAUAAACCUUGUUGGCGAGCUUAUUGAGCAGUAUGGUCUUGAGACUGUUCAAGAUUACAUGAAUUAUGUAAGACUCAAUGCAGAAGAGGCAGUGAGGGAAAUGCUCAAGUCAAUUGUCCCUAGAAUUAAGUCUCAGACAGCCAUACCUGGUGGUGAGAAUAGUAAUAUUCUGACAGUUGAAGAAGAGGACUACAUGGACGAUGGUUCUGUUAUUCAUUUGAAACUUACCAUUGAUUCUGAUAAAGGAGAAGCAGUUUUUGAUUUUAGUGGAACAAGUGAGGAAGUUUAUGGCAACUGGAAUGUUCCAAAAGCUGUGACAGCUGCAGCCGUAAUAUAUAGCCUCCGCUGCUUGGUGGAUGCUGAUAUUCCUCUCAACCAAGGCUGUCUAGCACCAGUGAAGAUUCACAUUCCACCAGGAUCAUUCCUCUCUCCGAGUGACAAGGCUGCAGUGGUUUCUGGCAAUGUUCUAACAUCACAGCGAGUAACUGAUGUUAUACUAACUGCAUUUCAAGCAUGUGCUUGUUCACAAGGCUGCAUGAGUAACCUCACUUUUGGUGAUGAUACUUUUGGUUACUAUGAAACAAUUGGAGGCGGUGCCGGGGCUGGGCCAACAUGGGAUGGAACCAGUGGUGUUCAUGUUCACAUGACAAACACUCAAAUCACUGAUGUGGAGAUUCUUGAGCAAAGGUAUGCUGUGAUUGUGCACAAAUUUGGAAUAAGAGAGAAUAGUGGUGGAGAUGGAUACCACAAAGGAGGUAAUGGAAUUGUUAGAGAAAUAGAGUUCAAGUGUCCAGUUACAUUGAGCAUUCUCUCUGAGAGGCGUGUUCAUGCACCAAGAGGAUUGAAAGGUGGGAAAAAUGGAGCUCGUGGAGCCAAUUUUCUUAUCAGGAAAGAUAAUAGAAAGAUUUAUAUUGGUGGAAAGAACACAGUUCAAGCACAAGCAGGGGACAUCAUUCAGAUUUUAACUCCUGGUGGUGGUGGAUGGGGUUUUCCUAAGUGAUUAUUAUUAUUAUUUACUUGCAUUUUACUAUGUUAUUUUGUAUGAAUGAAUAUUUGUGUUGUGUUUUAAAUACCUUGGUAUGGUCUAUGCUAUCAAUAAAUCUUGUCUA